AUGUCAGUUUCUGGAAUAUUUUCCCUCAACAUCCUUUCAGCAUUCCUCAGUGUCAGGUAGGUGAAAAGGGUUCAGUCUUCUUGCUUAGCUCAUAUAGACAAUUCAAGCCUUCGCCCCUGUAUGGUAGCGCAGGUAGGACGGCACCCCUGCGUAUCCUGGGUCUUUUGUUGGUUCGAAUGUCGUCGCGGUCCCAGACGGAGUGCUUUAGCUGACCGAAAGCCCGACCGGCUGGCAAUUUUUUGUCGAUUUUGAAAUUGUACUCAAAAGGUAGGCAGAUUUCCUCACUGAUGUGAGGCGAGUUCCGGUGAAAGUGAUACGGGGCUCAUUGUAGUCAGCAUUUGGCGUCAGUUGGUGCACUUAUAGCUUAUGUGUUUAUCCUUAUGUAUUUGUCGACAUUAUACUUAUUUUUUAAUUUUUACCAUCAAUUUUAUCUUUUGCCAAAGAACAUGAUCGACUGAGGCGAAAGAGGUUGUGCCACCUAUUUUUAGCAUGUUUUUUGUCAUCUUCCGACCGUACUCCUUACAAGCCAAACAGACCCGAUGUUGGAACAUAGGCCCAGUUAAUUGGUACUUUUUCCAUGAUUUACUGACUAUUCCCCUAACUUUAUAAUUGUACGGUUUAAUAGAGCCUACUGCUUCUGCGUCUCUUCAUGUUCAAGUGCGUGAACCAAAAAAUUGAGUCCCUACGUUUGGAAUUUUUAUUGGCUUAAAUCCUAUUGUUGGGGCUUUGAAAGCAGUAUUUUGUUAUUCACUUCGGGCGUGAUGAGAAUCAGGAUUUACUUUAUCAACAUCGUCCCGAGUUAUUUACUAAUGCGCAGUUCCGCGGACUGUCUUAAUGUGUGUUUUAUUUGCCAUUCUCUGGCUGCAACAUUACUUAACCUGCGCAACUUUCGCGUCUCAAAAUUGUUCUGAUUUGAGCGAGAUGACUGUUGUAAUUAGACGGCCGACUAAAUCACGGUCGUCCUGUUGGCAUUGCCGUGUUCCGGACUUUGGAGUUACUGCCGCCUAGAUGUUAUACGAACACUCAUACUCCUUUUUUCUACAUUAAUUACUGUAGGAAUAAUUCUGAAGACGAAGAUGCGAUCACUAGAAUAAUGCUGCAUGUGCCGCCGUUCCCAGUCAUGUCUAACAGCUGGCAUUCUCGACUUCUUUUGGCCUGACCGACGUCUGAGGACAUGUACCUUUGUAUAUUUUACGCCACUAGCGAGGAAGCCGAUGUGAACAAAGUGUCCAGCCCAAUCCAAAAAAGGAUAACUGCAAAAUUGCUGGCGACCCACUUGUUUGUUUGGCCGCUAGACAAUUGUUAUACCGUAAGGAUAAGUACUGACAAAGACAAGAUAGGAUGGGGUGGCCAUUUCUGGCCUUUUGGCCUUCGUCAGCCAUACAUGCCCAUCUGGCCUGCGGACCUGGAAUUCUAAUCCGGAUUCUUUAUUCACUGAGCUUUUUAAAGUCUAGUGUUCAACCAUUGAGCCACAGACCCGUUGUCCUGUCGAUUGCGAUUGUGAAUAUUAUUUACGAUGGAAGUGCGUUCGCUGAUCGGAAUUACGGGACAUGCUCUUCCUGCUACGCUUCUGCGCUUAGUCCAGAGUCUGAGCAGUCGCGUGGCGACUAGAAGUGCAUAUGAAUAAGCUAGUGUUAACAAAGACAAGUGAGACAGGGACGGCCAUUUCUGGCUUACUAAUCGUCAUAAGCCAGAAACGGUCACCCCAGUCUCCCUUGUCUUUGUUGGUACCAUCUUAUCUAAGUAUACAGCUAGUGCCUUUGCGACUGUCACUAAGGUCUCUAAAUUGAGCUCCAAGACGCUACGUACCGAGCAUGUGCUGAAACGUGAUCGGUGAACGGACUUCCGCCCUAAAUGCUAUACCGUUUUAUUCCGAUACUCAGGCACUUAACGCCUUUUAUGCGAAUAUCUCCUAAAAUUAAUCGCUUAUUUUUUUAAUGAGCGAAAAUAUGAUUUCUUAUAGGAAAUACAAGAUUGGGAAGCCUGGCAUCAGAAAAACACCCUCAAAUCCCGGCAGCAAAACCGAAUGCACGAGGAGGAAUUGCAUGCUGCUCGUGACAAAGUUACCCUACUCUCGGCUAGUCUUGCAAAAGUAGACCCGAGCGAUGUGGCCAUCUGGGAACGCAUUUGUCAGCUCUGUGACCUCGCGGGUAAUUCAGGCGACUGGUCGGCUAGUGGGAGUGGAAGCAUAUCACUAAACAGGACCUCAACCACUCAGUACUCACAGAACCCGCCAAAGGAUAUCACACGUUUUAGGUCCCUCCUGCUGUCACUGAGGAAGGAUCCACCCAAGUUGCUGCGUCAGUAGGAUGUUUUCCUACUCUUUUCCUGUUAUCUUCCCCCCCCCCCUACAUCAGCAUCUGUAUAAUUUCGUUUGUGUGGUUUCUGCAAUCAGGUUCGUCUUCAUUCCAACACCUAUUUCCUUCCUCUGUGAUGUUUUUCGGUUUCUUUUCGUAGUACUACUGUCAAAAUAUAUCCUACCAAAGUACACUAAAAACCAGGCUAAUCGGUCGUUGUUUUGAUUUGUUUGGAUAGGCUAACUAUUUGGCAACUAAAAGAUAAAUGCAUGCUUCUAACGCGUGGAUAGAACGCUUCUAUGCACAGUCCAGCUGACUCCCACUCUACGUUUCCGUCUACCUAAGGAUCAAAGGGAGCCGCCCGUUAUUGCCUUUUGUGUCACCCGAUUAUACAAGAACAAAGUAAGAGGGGGCCUUUGAAAGUAAGGAAUGUGCUAGUUUUCGAUGCGUGAUGUCGUACUUGAAUCAAGACAGUUCCCUGUUGUUCAUUCAGUAUUACAACGUCUUUCGCUUUAAAUUACAGGCCUCAAAGGCUCUCGAGAACUUUGCCAUUUCAUCCGUCUAGUCAUUGUUAGACUCCGUCUCCAAUACUAGUAUUUUUAGUUUUGUUUGAUGGAGAAUUCAGGUUGGCCAACUAAGUGCUCUUCAGAAUCUAACCUCGGACAUGAAUCAGGGCCUGCGAGACUGACAUGCUAAGUCACUUUCGCCGGGGAGUUGGCAACUAGCCAACUGUGAUAAAGUGAACUUACACAAUGAGAACAGCUGAUUCCACCAUCACAAAUGCUUGCAUAGAUAAGCGUACGAGGUACUUAGUCAGGGUGCCAGGUGUUCUGAAUAGAAGGCGCGCGGACGGCGUUUAGUGGCACUGUUUGUGGUUAGUUUUUUUUCUCCGGCCAGUUUAAUUCACGGAUCGGGAAGGUUGCCAUUUAAACUCUGCAGUUGAAUUUUGUACUUGCGUUGUGAGUAGGACAACAGCAGAGAGCAAUAAAGUUAAUUUUCGCCUAUGAAAAGGUGACAGUGGUGCUCGAGGCGAGAUCCAGCCAGUUAUGAACACAGCAAUGGUGCACCUAUUUUUGUUACAUAUCUGAGAAUCUACCUCGAUGGUAAGGUGCACAUGUCUGAGCUACUCGCGACCGAGCUGCUACUAAGCUUUCACAUUUGUGCGUUCUGUGGGGUGAUCAGUCUAAAGCCACAAAAAACCCACUGAAAUAAGAUGCAUUGACGAGAAGUCUUAUUUAUUCCGCCGAACUUCGGACGUAUUUCUUUACAAGUAAUAAUGGUACUGGCAAAUUGUGCCCCCGUUGUCUCCUUACCUGGAAAUAGAUGCCGUUUCUAAAAUUUCAGGCUCCACAUUUGGCCUGCCUAUAACCAGCAAUGCCUGCUGGCAUCGUACCGUAAUUUCCAGUUGGUCGCAGGAUGUUUCACUGAUAGACUGCAACAAAUUGAGCCGUCUUAAUGAUGCCACAACAGCCGAAGUGCCCUCCCUUCGCUGCCGGGGAAAUGAAAUCACCCCUCUUGAAUGCUCGAACGCUGUCGACUACCUCGUACUGAUCAGCUGGUGUCUGUAGAAUACGUGCUUGUCCUAUAAAGAAUGAAAUGCCUUCACGCUGAAAUAUGCAUGCGGACAAUUAACAAGAAGACAACCAUCGCCUCAGGAUCUUGUUAGCUGUUCCCAGCCGUUUCUUGGAAGACGUAUUAUUGAAAACCCCUUCUGCUCAUCAAUUGAUUCGCUGCCUACAACGGUCGAGCUGUCUAGGGAAGGAGGGCGAUUGGAGUUUGCCAUCUACAGGAAGUGUGGAACAGAAGAUUCCAAAUGGUCAAAUGGAUGCCAUUUGAGCCGGUCUGAUGGCCGAGGAUUUCUCGGGACAUUGGAGAUGCGUCAGGACACAUUAUUGCUGGAGAUGGCUACCUCUAGUCCUCGCCUUUGUGCUUGGCCGCCAUGAGAUUUUCAGUGCACGAGACUGUAAAGGUAAAUCAAUUUAGAACUCAGACACAAAGGCAGAAGGUUUGUGAGGCGUUGUAGAGACCAAAAGGCAUGCACACGAUUCCAGAGAGGCCAGUGGGACGUAAAAUGUCAUCAGAAGUCCUGUGAGGCAAUAGUUGACUUGUAAAUAGAUCUCCAGUAAAUCUGCAGCAAACGUGCAUGAUGGGCAACGUAAAUAGAGAGCCCCAGAGAUGGAGGACCUGGCGAUGAUCAGGCAUAAUGCAGUUCUCCAAGGCCCGGUAGUCACUACAGGCGUCAGGGUUUACCCGGGAAAGCGCACGCAAGGGAGGCGUUCAAGAGCUUUCCAUUUGACACACUAUCCCGGUUUUUAGCCUGCUCUUGAACUCCGACUUGGUAACUUGGUGGGUUCGAAAAACACUGGCGAAUCGGUGGUAUGGAUAUGAUACAGUGCGUCAUGCGGUAGUGUCGGUGGACAAACAGGGAUCGUUAUCAAAUAGCCGUCAGGCCAACACGUUGGAUAUGGUUCCAGAGUGCCGAGUUGGUAGGACGCAUGGAAAGAAAUGAUGCACAUAGCAAAAUGACGUAAUGGUCUUGUCGGCAAGGCGGGGUUACUGAAAGUUGGCCAAGAGGGGGAAAUAGGCCAAUAGAUCGGUGGUAAGUUCGGCCCAGAAAACGCUGAAGUCAACCAAGGCAAAGUAAAUAGAAACCGGAGUUCGUCGUCAAAAGCGGAAGAGGGCACAUGACAGCGAGGGAGAUGGAAUUAAGGGAACACUGGAAUGAGCCAAGGUAGCCGCAAUGACUACAAGUCGCCUUAUGAGGAGCAACACAUAGCUGAGCGCCAGUUACAACGAAGACUCAUUUCACGCUUUUGUUGGAAGAAAGUAAUGCUGUCGGGUAUCUUGCACUCAUUGUAGUCCACAUUUUUCUGCUUGACUUUCGCCGCGCAGCCAGCAGAUAACGCGAAAAACAGCCAGCAGUCCAUUUAGUGGGAGGUGGCGGCCUACACAGGGCACGCUCGUGUAAUGCAAACUAAUUACUUAUGCGCAAUCUUUGAGUGCGUAUACCGAAGGCGGACGUCUUUCGGCCCGCUGGAGCUACAAACGAUCUAAGUGCAACAGCCAUCAAGCAGCACGACCUCCUCCUUCUUAUGGUCAGACCGUCUUAAUAUUUAUGCAAAUUCCCUCACAAGUUGAGUAGAGUUAUUCGACCUUUGAAGUAAAUAUUGAAGGCGUCCAGGCAUUUUGUAGUUAAAUAGGCCAGCAUUAGUGCUGGUUUAGUCAACUUCGGUGUCCGCAAGCGUCACGCGGCAGUGUGACCCAUGCCCUGUGAUUGUUUACAGCUGUCAUCCUAGUCCCGAACAGUGAAGACAGCUGGCGUCUACAUGUCCAGCAUAACCAAUUCGGGGAAGUUUGAAGCAUCUCGUGCUCGCUGUGGGUGCGAAGCAAAUACAAAUAGGAGGAUAAUUGUCAUCACAACUUACGGACUUCUUAUCGGCAGCCUUCUAUCACUCCGUAAUAUGAAUAACGACCAAUUCAUAUACAGCGAUCGCUACACAUCUCAGUCACUAUUGACAACUUCGUCUGAAAUUGGGCGUUUGAUUGACAUCUUAUUAUGCAAGAGGGGCGCUCACCGAUCGCGUUACGAGACAUACUCGGUCAUUUGUGCCUUGGAAUUCUAUCUCGAAAUGCGCCGGCAUCUGCAGAACGGCUAGUAAUAUGGGCAGAAUGACAUUAUGGACAAAGACAGGGAAGACUCAACUGACUCUUUCCGGCUUGCUAGUAAUCACCAGCCACCCACGCCCAACUCCAUGUUUCUAAACCCUAGUACUUGGUUAGGGAGUUGGACCUCCAACCAACAGGUAGCGGGUUUGAGCCUUAGAGAUUAAAAGACCUGCGGUUGGGCACAACCGACUAAUGACGGCUAAUAAGCCAGAAGUAACCACACUAGUUACGUCUUUGUCGGCAAUUCUAUUCUAUCCAUGUUGCUAGCGUUGUGCGGCAGCUGGCAGCGCCUGAAAUCGAACCCUUGGCGGAACUGGACAAGUGUGUCCUUAACGCGAUCGGUUUGCGCCCCACUACCAGUGUUGAUAUACCCAACAGGCCCCGUCAGUCCUCUCCGGACCCAACCUACCAACCGCUCGACGAACGCUAUUGCUGCCUCUACGACCGCGCCUGCUCCAACUUACAUGUCGACCACAUCGGCGCCUACCCUCAGCAAUGCUGCAUCGUAUCCCCGUGUCGCAAUUCCGUCGGCCAAUACCACCGUCACUAUCCUCGCCUCCGAUACCACAACGCGUUUGUGUAUAUUGGCGGACUGGUGGACUGAGAUCCGGUCUGUAACGGCUCCGUUUUAA